AUGAAGUGGUCAACCAUUCUCCCUUUGGCAAUUACUACAAUUGCCCUGGCCCCAUCCGUAGGAGCCUGGGAGGUGACAUGGCACGACUCCGACAACAAAAAACAUUCGCAAUCCGGCCACGGCCCCAGCGACUGCAUUGAGAUCGAUAACCCUAAGGGCCGCGUUUUCAAGGUCGACGCCCAGGGCGAGAAGGGGAUCAACAUGCUUCUGUUUACGAACGAUGAUUGCGACGGUGAUGCUUCAGGAAGGGCGACCGUGGAGUUCACGAAGGCGUCUUCGCAGGACUUGCUCGGCUUCAAGGUCGUGAGCAUUUCUUCGAGCUCUUCCGAAACCGCGACAGCAAACAACUCGACCAGCUCCAGUGCGACUGAAUCGCCCACUGGCUCCUCUCACCAUGCUUCCUCGACGGGUGACAGUGUAAGCGGUGGGUCAUCGACCAGCCACUCAUCAGCUGAGACAACUGAAACAUCGGCCUCGACCUCGAGCGCUUCCAAGAGCGUCUCUGCGACGCCUACGACCUCGACUCCAGCGAGUGCAACUACAUCGAACUCCGCUGCUAAGCUGAACAUGUCAAAGGAAAUGAUUGCGAAGAGCUUCCUGGGCAGCAUCUUUGGACUGACGGUGGCACAUAUUAUUCACUCCUAG